AGAAGGCACCCUUCCCCUCCAUUGGCUGACCUGGAAUCGCCACCCUUUAGGAGAAGACGGACAGAGCUGAAGAAGAAGCAAGAAGAUGGGUCUCAUUUCCUAUUUUAGCCUCGGGCUCCUGGGAUGCCUGGUAGCUGGACCCUUCCUGAGUGGAGGUGUCCGUGCUGCAGAGUGUCCCAAGAACUGGCUGUCUUUCCAGGGGAAAUGCUACGGCUACUUCCACCGGGAGGUGUCCUGGCAGAAUGCGGAGAAUGAAUGCCAGCGCCAAGGGGGACACCUGGCCUCCAUUCUGGACAGGAAGGAGCACAACGCCGUGGCCAGGUUCCUGCAGCAGGCCCAGAGGUGGGACGACGACGAAGAAGACGUCUGGUUCGGGCUCUCCAUCCCUGACAGGAGCAAGAGCUGGGCCUGGGCCGACGGAAGCCCCAUGAGCUACACCGCCUGGGAAAAGUACAAGAGCUAUCCUGCCCUGAAAGGCGAGCAUUGUGCUGUCCUGGACGAGUCUUCAGGGUUCAUGCUGUGGGACAACGAUUCCUGCUACGACCGGAACCCCUUCAUCUGCAAGGUGUAGACAAGCACACCUGGUGGGCAGAGAUUCUGGAAGGUUCAGCACAGAGCACAACCUGUCCUGUCCUGGGCGGGUGACUGCCCCCCCCGUCUCGUGUCUCCUGCCCUGCGCAGACCCCCACCACACAUCCCCAUUCUCCCUCUCUCCUCUCUCGAAUCAGCGCCACCCAGCCCAAGCAGGCAACGGCAUGGAAGCUGCAAUAAACUUCUCUUGAGCAUGUAGAGUC